UGCUGUCCAAGCAUUUCUGUAUGCGGUCCCCGUUUGCCGCAUAUCUACAUCAUGUCCACACCGUUCCUCUUGGCCUACGCCCGCGACGGCGAGCUAUAAAACAGCUUCAUGACGACGACGUCCUGCAGCUCUCGGCACCCUAGCUGGAGAGGUUCACGGGUCCGUAGGCACAAGCGAAGAUGGUCUCUCGUCUCCUGGUGGUCACUUCACUCAUUGCCCUCGCGCUCGGCAAGCCGGUGCGCAGGGACCUGCAGCUGCACGAGUCUCGACAGAGCGUCCCUCGUGGCUUCUCCCUCGUUGGACCUGCUGCCGAUGAGACGACGCUGGCCCUGCGUUUGGCCCUCGUGCGGAGCAACACUGCGGGGUUGAUUGAUGCCCUUUACGACGUCAGCAACCCUUCGAGUGCGCACUACGGCGAGCACCUCACCAAGGAAGAGGUCGAAGCAUUCGUGGCCCCGAAGCAGGAGACUGUUUCGGCCGUCAACACGUGGUUGAGCGAGAACAACUUGCAGUCGACUUCCCUUACCGCAACGGGAGACUGGCUCGCUAUCAACGUCCCUGUCAGCCAGGCCAAUGAAUUGUUCGGAACCAACUUCUCGGUCUACACGCAGAGCAGCACUAGCAAGCAGAUCAUCCGUACGCUCGAGUACUCCAUCCCUACUGAUCUCGUCGGGCAUCUGGAUCUGGUGCACCCUACCAUCACAUUCCCGGAUCCGUUCGGCAAGAAGCCGGUUGUGAACGCCAUCACGCCGUCUAAGCGUUCUGAGACGGACUCCAAGCGCGCGGAUAACUGCCUCGUCAACGGCACCUACAUAACCCCGUCAUGUUUACAGUCUCUGUACAGCAUCCCGACGGCUCCAGCCACGAGCUCGUCUGGUCAGCUCGGAGUCACCGGCUACGUUGAUGAGUAUGCAGAGUACAGCGACCUGACGACGUUUUUGGAACAGUACCGACCUGACGUAAACUCCAGCACGGGGUUCACUAUCGUUUCGUUGGAUGGCGGUGAGGACCCACAGAGCAGUGGCGACGCCGGUGAUGAAGCGAGCCUUGACAUCCAGUACACUGUCGGUAUCGCCACGAAUGUGCCGGUGACCUUUAUCACCGUCGGCGGCGAUGUUAAUUCGGGCGACGAGUUGGCGAACGUCCUCAUCGAUACAGCCAAUUACUUGUUGAACCAGACGGCGCCUCCUCAGGUGAUUACGACCAGCUACGGCCUCGACGAAAGUACUAUCUCCCAGAACCUUGCGUACAACCUGUGCGACCUGUACGCACAGUUGGGUGCCCGGGGUGUCUCGAUACUCUUCGCGUCAGGUGACGGUGGUGUGUCCGGCGGGCAUUGGGACUCGUCCUGCACAACCUUUGUGCCGACGUUCCCCUCUGGUUGCCCUUACGUCACCUCCGUUGGUGGUACGAUCAAUGUCCCGGAGACUGCCGUGAACUUCUCGGGCGGAGGCUUCUCCAACUACUGGCCGACGGCCGACUUCCAGACCGAUGCUGUCUCCACCUACCUCUCAGGCAUCGGCAGUACCAACCAGGGGCUGUACAACGCAUCCGGCCGUGGCUACCCCGACGUUGCGACCUACGCAGCGGACUUUGAGGUCGUCAUCGAUGGGACGGCCUACGGCGUCAGCGGGACCAGCUGUGCAUCUCCGACAUUCGCUAGCAUCGUCGCGCUGUUGAAUGACCAGCUCCUUUCGGCCGGCAAGUCUACGCUUGGCUGGCUGAACCCGCUACUGUACUCGACUGCUUCAUCUGCAUUCAAUGACAUCACGCAGGGCAACAACUAUGCUUGCUCCGACUACACUACUGGAUUCGACACCGCUACUGGCUGGGACCCGGUCACUGGCUGGGGUACCCCCGACUUCACGAAGUUGUUGUCUGCUGUCGGUCUCUAGAGAGUAGACGAGUUUCACGAACAUCACGAGUCUCGGUGUAUCUCUUGUACGGUAUAUGCUGUACCAAACAGACAACUGUCAUCAAUGGACUAUGUAAGAGGGCGUAUAGAGUAGGUGUGAGCUGCGGGCGAAGCCAAGGGGAUAUCUGGUAACUUGGGUAAGGUGAUUGUGUUCUGCACUAUCUGGG